UUUUUGCAUUCUGCAUUUGCCUCCCUCCUGUUUCUGUGCCCAGCUGUUCUCACUUCCUGAAUCUAGAUAUCCAGCUUACAAGUGAAAAACAUAAAGACAAGAAACCUACGAAAGGCAUUAUGAGUUCAGUGUCGGAAUUCAGCAUCACAGACGCACCAUCCAAGGACACCAAAAAUGAGACGAAAUUGUCUGACUCUAGUACAUCAUCAUUAUCUUCCCUUGAGAAGUGCAGGACACAGUUCACCUACAUCGAAAAUGAUGCAUCGGUUCAUCAGAGAGACAGUGAUGAUGAAUGUGCAUCUCUUAUCCUGGCCUGCUUGUUCUGCCAAUUUUGGGACUUUCUUAUAAUGCUGCCUAAUACCUGUGAAAAUUGGUUGAUAAAUAUGUGCUGUCCAUCCUAUAGAUAUCACCAUACCUCCAGUGAAAACCACUCCAACAAUGACUGUACCUGUGACUGUGACAUUGAUUGCAGCAUUUUUGAAUCUUGUCAUGAAACCAGUGAAUGUCUGGAACUUGCUUUGGAGAUUUCUGAAGUCUGUUAUCGCUAAUAGGAAACAAUUGACAGAAUUCCCACAAACUGU